AAUACAUUUUUUUAUUAUUAUUUUUUUCAGGAAACACAUGAGGAGCAUGACACUUCAACUGAAAAUGCAGAUGAUUCUAACCAUGAUCCUCAGUUUGAACCCAUAGUUUCCCUUCCUGAGCAAGAAAUAAAGACUCUGGAAGAGGAUGAGGAAGAACUUUUUAAGAUGCGAGCAAAGCUAUUCCGAUUUGCAUCUGAAAAUGACCUUCCAGAAUGGAAAGAACGAGGAACUGGUGAUGUAAAACUUCUGAAGCACAAGGAGAAGGGAACAAUUCGCCUCCUCAUGAGGAGGGAUAAAACCCUAAAAAUCUGUGCAAACCAUUAUAUCACGCCCUUAAUGGAGCUGAAGCCUAAUGCUGGGAGUGACCGGGCAUGGGUCUGGAACACACAUGCUGACUUUGCAGAUGAAAGCCCUAAGCCUGAACUUCUGGCAAUCAGAUUUUUAAAUGCAGAAAAUGCACAGAAAUUCAAGGCAAAAUUUGAAGAAUGCAGGAAUGAGGUAGACAAGAGAGCAAAGAAAGCAGGCACAGACAAAAAUGAUAGUGCUGAUAAAGUUGCUGAAAAGCUAGAAGAGCUUUCUGUAAAGGAAGAGAGCAAAGAAUCUGAGAAGAAAGAGACCAAGGAAAAAACUGAAGAAAAGCAAUAAAUCAUCCUGGGCCUUGUGAUUUUUUUUUUCCUUUAUUUUUUUUCUUUUUUUCCUCUCUUUUUUUUUAUUUUUCAAGGGACUUUACAAGAAACUGAAUUCAACAUUCAGGUUGUUUUUUCUAAGCUUUUGUCCUUUUGAAGAUGUCUUCAGAAAAUGCAUUCCCUGGUCAUGAAAAUGUACUGUGCUAACUUUCUUUUCCAUAGUGGAAACACUUAUUUAUAGUCAUCCAAAAGAGUGAAUAAAACAAACUUGAAAACAGCAUCAGAGGACAGAACUGAGUUUUCUGUAUACUUCAAAGGCUUGUGAAUGCAGUUGUUUCAUUGGGUGUUGAGAUGCAUAUCUUUAUACAUGUGGAUUAACUAGGUUAACAGACUUUACUAACAGGGAAGAUUAAGAUUACAUACAUGUUUCUUAUAUGGCUUCUAAAAGUGUAAUAUAAUAGACUUCACUUUUUUUUUUUUUUUUUCUCUCUUGCCUCCCUGGUGUGUUCCUGAGCAUGAAGCGUGCCUAUGAUUCUUGAAAUGUAGCAGACUUCUGGAAUCAGGAGGUAGAGCGUUCCUGGCACACUAUUAAUGAUGUCCCAUUGGGCAGUAUAAGUAAAGGUGGGGGAGGGAACAUAUUACAUAGAGACUUAAGUAGUUUUUUUCCUCUUAUGAAACAAAAUCUACCAUGCCCUGCUUCUGAAAUUAGUUAAUACAAGCAAAAGUGCUUGGGUCUAGCACAAAGGUGUAGCUGUGAUCCCAGAUGUUUCAUGUUGUGCUACUUGCUGACGUAAGGAGGUACCAGCCUUUUAUAUAAAAGAGUAUACAAAGGAAUCUAAUUGUUUAAGUAGCUUGCCAUGAUAUGCCCUGUGUCAGCAUAUCAUAACAGUUGUACUCUAAAAUUUGUAAGCUUUUUUCAGGGCUUUGGAGCUUGCAUUACUUCUAUAAAUUGGAGGGUUUAUGAACUUUUCAAAUGCAUAAUGGGAGGUUAUCCCCCCUGGAAGGAGAAGGUCUGACAUUCACUUAAAAACAAUUAUGCUGUACAUACUUGAGGGGAGCUCAACGGGCGAAUCGAUCAAAUUUCUUCCCCUCAGGUGCUUACUGUUUCUCCAGUUUCAAGUUACUGCUACAGAGUGGGAGAAAAAAAUUAUACUGAGCAACAAAAUCCACAUGGUUUUUAAAAAAAAAAUCUGAUAAAUUAACCACUGUUCAUCACUAAUACAAAGUUAGCAAGAGAAUCCUGUAUAACUUUUUCCAAAAUUACAAAAACUGGAUGAAACUUAACUUUAAGACUGAUGAUGUUAAUAUUGGAUAGCAAGACCUUUUCUCAUCUUCACCAAGAAGCUUUCCAAACUGGUUAGGCGCUAUAAUCCAUCUGAGAAAAAUACAUUUCAAAGCUAUCUUGUAUUUCUACUUAGCGCUGCCUUUUGAUGCUAUAAUAGUGAAUUAGUCUUAAAUCUGGAGCUAUAACUAAGGUAAUCACUUUAUUCAAACAGAGCAAUUCCUUUGGUGGUGUUCAUGUUCCUCUUCAAGUACAGCAGGUAUCAGAUGUCUGUUAAUUAAAAAAGAUGAAUGAAAGCUAAAAUAGAACGCUCUUUAGUGUUUCUGGUUUGGAAAUAACAAGUAAAAGCUAUUCUUAAAUACUUAAUAUUUGAAUGUAAAAGCCAAAACUUUAUAUGUGAGUCACUGUAAAUUAUCUGAUCUGAUAAUGUCAGUGUGUCUAAAUUGAUAGAAAUGACACUUAAUUUCAAAAUAAAUUUAAAUUUUCAUUUAAAGGAUUUGCUUUUUAUUUGAAGAACUCUUACUGGGAAUGCAUUUCUAGCCUGCAGGAUAAAAUGUGGUAAAGAAGGCAGACUGAACUGUUUUGAUUUUGCUGUCAAACAUUGUAUUGAAGAGGGGCGGAAACAUUAAAAAAAAAAAAAAAAAAAAAAGACUUAAAUUAAGUCUUAAUCUUAAAUAUUAAGAAUGACAACUCUUCUUACUUUUGUUACCCUUUUUCUCCCCUUCCCAAUUUUUACUGGGGAAUUUUUUCCCCAUUUUUGUUCAUAUAUGCGUAAAUGAUUUCCAGACGCUUCCCUUUUUACCUUUUUAACUGGUCCAUGCUUAUAAGUAGUUCAUGAUUUACAGUUGCCCUUAAUGCAAGUCUGAGAUCUCAAAGAGCCAAGUUAUGAGGACCACAAAGUAAAAUAAUUUCUAAUGGAUAGCAUCAUAUUGAAGAAUGUCUUAGUCAUCCAAACUAAAGAUUUGGUUAGUCAUUGUUCUGGCCACUUUAGAAGCUGUAGGUGUGUGCUCUGCGGAUUAAUAGGCAAAUAUUUUUGAAGAUUAAUCUUGAUUGAAAGAAGGCUUUUUUGCAUAAGUUAUUCUAAUAAUAAAACUUUCUAUAUGUAACACUGACUACCAAUAAAUGUCCUUGAGAUUUUUUUUAAGUUUACUGUAUGCCAGGUGUUCUAGGGUUCUAGUUGAUUGUAGCUUUUUCUUAGCUCACAAGGUGUUAAACGUUCAUACUUUCACAGCAUCUUCACUGUUAACAGGGUUCUUGAAAUGAUAGAACCUGACCUCUCCUGUCUCCACAGUAGUCUUAAAACAAUAGCUAGGAAGGUAGACUUUUAUGCAAAAGUUGCUUCAUAACUUUGCAGACCACUACUAAAACAUGUCAAUUGUCAUAUACUCAUUUCUAAUGUGACAGUAAUGUAAGUGAUUUGAAUGUUCAUGAACCUGUUUGAGGGUAUCAUAUGUGAUAUAAAAAAGGAUCAUUCAGAAACUGUUUUCUAAUAAAUUGUUCAGAUGCAAUAUAGACAUUCACUGAAUCUGUAACUAAUUUCUGUGCUCUCUGGGGUGUAUUUGAGAUUUAAUUUGUCAUCCUGGAUUCUAGGCUAUUUUGACACCUGCAGUUGAGUAGGUAGUAUUUGUGAAGAAUAGUCUUGGGUGUUUCACUAAGAUGAAGUCAGUGGUUACUUUCCCUUUUAAUUCCAGUGAGGCAAUUGAACUCCUAGCGUGCUUAAACGUUGACUGAAAUCAUGGGCAUGUGAAGUUUUAUUAAUGCAGCUGGCUAGGGAUGAAGUCACUGUGAGCACUUCUAACUUCCAUAGUUGACAGUGAUUGAGGAUAUGGCUGAAUGUUACAGAAGACGUGAGCGAAGCUUUCUAGAGGUUUUAAUCCAUUUUCAGGAGAAUUUUAUCUGGAAACUAUGGCAGGAAUGG